AUGAUCAAUGAAAAUUCAUCUGAAAUUGUAUGUAAUACAAGGGUAGUAUUUUCUGAGGAAGAAUGGAGUAAAAUUAAAGAAGUUCGAAAUAUUAUGGAAAAGCAUAAUCUUGUAAUAGAAAUACGAGCUUCAGGAGGAUAUUACCGACACCAAGAAGAAGGAUGCCUUGGGCAUAAUCAAGUAGUUGCGGAACCGAGUGUCGAAUACACUUAUUGGUGGCAUAUAUUCCGGGGCUGGAAUACGCCAUGUUUAUUUGACAAUUGUGUUGAAGUCGACCAUCAUAGUCAUCGGGUGACUACUCAACAAUAUAAAGAAUUAGAAGAGAAACUUGAUCUCCGGCAGAGUAAAAAAGCAAUCAAAGAAUUGCCUCGAAGACCGGGUGAUACGGGAAAGUUUUGUUUAAAAUGUAAACUUUCUAAUCAUAACACCGGCGAAUGUUAUAGGAAACAAUGUCAUCAUUGUAAAGAAUGGACUCACCUUUCCAGAAAUUGUCGUAACAAAAAGAAAGGGAAAAAGAGAAAUUAG